AAAUUAUUCCAUUCACUUCGUCAUGUCUCGUGGUAACUCGGUCCGACGACCCGAGUAGGUCGUCGCGUACAAAAGAAUAUUGAGAGCGAUCGGAUGUCACAAGUGAAUGUCAUCAAAAAAUACAAAAAAAAGAUAAUAAAAAAAACCAACAUAUAUAUAUAUAUGUACACCUAAUAUCACUCAAAUUUUAAAUCUGUGUUUCCUCAAUUCUUUCUAUCGCAACAUUAAAUCGUGAUGAUUUUUAAAAAUCCUCCAAAAAAAGACACUAAAUAAAAAAAUAGAUAUCGCGAUUAAAAUUUUUCGACGAUAAUACAAAAAAUGUGUUGUGCAAAAAUCGGCCAUUUUGUGCCGGCCUUAACUGGAACAACGUGAAUGAGAAAUCCGGAGCAAGGAUAAGGGACGUAAUUUAGUUGCGGAAAAAUUUCCGUCAUUCUUCUCUAUAUUGUCUGGACAAGAUUUACGCAAUUUUUCUCAAGGUCACAACAUUAAAUUCUUGUAAACAAAAAAAAAAUAGCCCACAAGGUUCUUGCCAAGAGAGAGAGAGAGAGAGAAAGAGAAACACUCGACCUUUACAUCUCAAAAAAAAAAAGAUGAGCGAAUAGAUGAAAUAAUUAAUUAUUAAUCAUAAAACAUAAAAGAAUUUAAAAAUCAUGACCAAGGACCAAAGUGAGAGUUUAACACUCGAAACGGAAAUGGAUGAUGUAAAAUUAUGCGAUGUUGAGAAAAAAUCAUCGGUCCAUUGUUCUCAACUCAAGCAGACAACAACAAAUGGUAACGAUUCACAGCCAUCGAGUCCUGAUUCAAAAAAAUCUCCAAAGUCUUCCACAGAAGUUAUUGAAUUAAUUGUGAAAAAUCAUGAAAAAGAAUUUGAUUCGAAAGAAGAAAAAAUGAACAAUAAAGAUGAGAAAAAAAUUGUAAAUCCUGAGGAUGAGGAAAAUCUUGAUAGUGGGGAGGAUGAAAAUAUUAAUUUAAAAAUUGACAAAGAUGAAGAUUCCAAUGAGGAGGUGAAGAAAGAUGAAAUUUUCGUGGAGGAAAAUGUAAAAUUACAUCAGGAAAUGAAAAUAGAUGAAAAUUCCGUGAAGAAUGAAGAAAAUUUCGAGAAAAUUGAUGAAAAUUCCGAUAAGAUUGAUGAAAAUUCCGAUAAGAAUGAUAAAAAUUCCGAUAAGGGAGAAAAAUUGCAGGUGGUUGAAAAUCAUCAGGAGGAGGUGAAACAUAAUGAAAAUUAUCAACAGGAAGUGAAAAACGAAAAUAUAAAACAGGAAGUAGAAAUUAAAGAAUCCAGUGGAAAUAAACCAAUAGAAGACGGUUCCAAUGGAAGCGCACCAAUCACAAGUGUCAACGACAAAAAUCCACCAAUAGAAAAAACAUCUCUAGUAAAUUCACCAAACACUAAUGAGAAUCAGGAGAAAAAUUCACCAAUCAAAGAACCACCAGUUUCUAUUGAAAAUACACCAGAAAAAAUCAUUGAAAAAUCAGAAAUUUCUCCAAUUGACUCGAAAUCAAAUAAAAUAUCAACUAUUGAAAAUUCAGAAUUAAUUAUAAUGGAAAAUUUUAGUUCAAAAAAAAUAGAAAAUUUACCAUUACUAUCCGAUUGUCAAGUGGAUAAAAAAGAAGAGAAUAUAAAAAAUGAAUCAUCAAUUACAAUAAUGGAAAAGAAAAAAAUUAUCGAGGAUAAUUUUAAUAAUAUUGAAGAACCAAAAUUUAUUGUCGGUAUUGUAGGUGAACCGACGGCAGUAACAGAAUUGAUAAAUGACGAUGAACUUGGCGCGGAAUCUACAUUACCGACCGAUGAUCAUGUGGCUCAAUGGGUAAAGGAAUCUGCAAAUGUCGAUAAUACACAUUUUUCAGACCCGGACAUGGAUGAUAAUGAUGAUGAAGAUGAGAACCAUGAAUCAAUGAAGGAAACCAUCACUGAGAGGAAGGUCAAAAGACAAGAAUCCACGGAAUUAACGUCGUCACGGAAACGUCGUCAAAUUGUCAACCAUAUUAUUAAGCGGAGCAUUAAAUGCUUAAACAAAAUGCAUGCAAUGGACGAAAAUUCGAGCGUUGCUGCAAAUACAAAAAAUAUGAAAGCCACGGAAAAAAAGGAGGAUGAAGAUUUUUCAAGGCAAUCACCUCAAGUGCCACAAAGUCAACAAAAUGGUGCAGCAUUACCAGUUGAGGAAGCUGUUAUUGCCGCUGCUGUUGAACGUCUUCAUACAACAACUGUUAAAGAAGAACCACAUAAUGAUAUAAUAACUGAUCUCAGUAAUAAAAAAUCAUCAACAACAACAACAACGACUGAUUUACAAUUAAUGAAAAAACAAAAUGAUGAUACAAAAUUAAUUCGUCAAUCAGAUGAACGUAUAACAAAUAGAAAACGACGUUCAACUGAAGAAAUACCAUCGUCAAAUGGUAAUACAAAUACAAAAAGAAUUUGUCUUGAACAACGUGAACAAUUGGUAUCAUCAUUAAUAACUGGCUAUGAAAAUGCAUCAGCCGAUGAAUUAGCAACAAGAGCCGAUUGUCUUCGUGUUGAAUUACAAGCACUUGAUGAAUUAGCACGUGCCGCUGAAAUGGAAUGGAAUCGUGUUUUAACAAUGAGAAAAUUAAAAGAGGAAGCAUAUUUAAGAAUUGAAAGGAGACGACAAGUUGUUAAUUUUAUGGAAGGACACGAUAGAUUAAAUGAUUUAUUACCAGCAAUAAAUUUAACGCAACACGAUUCCGAUUGGGAUAAAAAAUUAACAAGCAAUGUUAAUUUAAGGGAAAAAUAUUCAUCGCGCAAUGAUGAUGAUUCAAUGGUACAGAAUAUUUAUAAAAAUUCUGAUAAAGUUUCAAAAUCGCUGCAACAAACUGCACAAAAUUUGUCUAAUCGACUUUCGGCUGAUGCAAGAAAGCAUCAACAACAGCAACAACAACAGCAGACAAUAAGCGAUGUUGAUAAUCGUCAUAUUGGUGAAGGACGUCAGGGACCAACUGUUGAUGUUAGAUCAAUUAUUGCCGACUAUAGAUUACGACAUCCGGAAAAUGUUCCAAGACGAGGACGUAGAAUGAAAAAUUCAGUGAAUGUUAAUUUAGGAGCAGGAGGCGCGAUGAUGGAAAAUAAUCAAAAUACCGAUUCAAGACCAUCAAGUACCGAUUCAUGCAAAAGUAAUCCAAAUAUUGAGGGAAAUAAUUCACCGAAUUUCAAGGAUGUGCUGGUGCAUUUUGCAAAACUUAGCCAACAGCAAGGCGAACCGGUGAAAACUCCUCAAAAUUAUCCGGACGUUACGCUUCAUCCUGUGGCGCCAUCGCCAACAAUAACGCAAACCACAACGCCACCACAGCCAAGUGGAUCUUUAUUGCAUGGGAUAUUGACUAAAGCACAAUCACCAAGACCAACAACAUUUUCGCCAACAUUAGCGAGAUUAUUGACUGCACCUGAACGUGAACGUAAUACACCAAUGACAACUGUUACACCACAUUCUAAUACUACAGCGAAUCAACGAAUGAUUCAAGCAUAUCAAGAGGCAAAUCCCGUUUCUAUUAGUGAACUUCUAUCCUCAUCGAAGGGCCGAACUGAAAUUACAAUCACGCCGGUUGUAAAUGCUCUGGUACCAUCGCACUCAAAUAAUAUGAUGCAAGUGGACGAUGAGGAUGAAUCGGCAAUAAUGGAGGAGAGAGAAUCGAGAAUUUCUGGUGGUAGUCGCGAUGAUAGAGAAAUUUCUCCGCGUUGUCAAGGUUGUCACGAACGUGCUGCACAAUAUGUGUGCGCCGGAUGUGGAAAUCAAUGGUACUGCAGUCCUGAGUGCCAGGCUGCCGCUUGGGACGAACAUUCGGAGGUGUGUUCAGGCUAGGAAAAAGCUCGGCCUCGUUCAAAUCGCGCGAAACCGAAAAAUAAAUCUAGUCAGGGUACAAAAGGCAAGCGCGAAUUGCUUGGCAAAGCGAAAGAACGAGUCCGGGGCAAAUUAAAUAUUUGAAAAAACAAGAAUUAAGAGAGAGAGAGAAGAUAAUAUUUUUCUUUUCAAAAAAAAUUUCUCGAAUUCUACGCAAAAAAAAAAAAAUUGAGAAAAAACUUUUGUACAAAUUUGAUUUUGUAAUGAUAGAGGUUUUUUUUUUUUGCUUUCUAAAUCGACGUGGAUACAAAGAGAAAUAAAAAUCAGUGUAAAGUUGCAACUGACAGUAACUAGUUAAUAAGACAGAAAAAAGAAAAUUUUGACUAGUCGAUUGUUUGUGAAAGUCAAAAAAGAAAUUUUCGCUUUUUUUUUAAUUUUCAAAAAGCGCAAUUUUAUUAAAAUAAAAAAUUUUUUUUGAUUUUUUUAAAAAAAAUUUGCUGCUUUGAUUAUAAACCAAAGAAUAUUUUGCAAAUUGAAGCACAAAUAUUUUCCCUUUUCAAAAUCGAAAAAUUUCUUUUUCUUUUUAUUUUUCAUUGACACGAAUUUUGUAUUCAAUGCAUUUUUCUUUUCGUUAAAAAGAAAUUAACAAAAAAAAUUUUUUUUUUUUAAAUUUACUUUUGUUUAGUCUCGUUUAGUGUUAUUUUCUGUUUUGUUUAAAAAUGCAAUUCCUUUUUUUAUUAAAUCACGGAAAAAUUAAAUUUUUGUUAUAUUUAUUAACAAACUUGUUUUUUUUUUUUUGUUUUUCGUUCACAAUUUUUGCGAGAGAAAAAAAAAUUUCCUACUGUAAGUUGCAAACAUUGUAAAUAAUUUUUUUAUACAUAAAAAAAAAUGAUACAAAACAGCGAGAAAUGUUUUUUAUCAACGCAAAAAAGACUUAGUGUGUGACUCUUUUUUUAAAUUGAGCAAUUUUUCUUUUUCGCACCCGAACUUAUAUAUAUAUUUUUUUUUCGGAAAUUCGAAGCAAAAAUAAUUUAAAUUUUCAAAUUUUAAUUCGCCGAAUUUUAUUCCUAAAAAAAAGAAAAGAACAAUUUGCCAAGUUUUCUGUUACCAAUUUGAUUAUAGAGCCGGAUAAUAUAAAAUAAUAAGUUAAUAAUAAAAAAGAAAAAAAAAUAGAUAAAUGAGAUGAGAAUUUAGUCGUAACGGUAUAAGCAUAUUAUUAGUAUCAUAAAAAAUAAAAAUAAAUUUUAUGUGCGAAUUUAAAAAAGAAAAAACUUAAUUUUUGACUAUUUCGCCCAUCGAAAUUUAGUUAAAAAUAUUGCAGGGACGAGAAAAGAAAAAAUCACCUGCAAAUCACUCUUAUCUUUUUAUUAUUUGAUACUAUUUGUUACCAAUGUGUAUAAAUUUAAUAAGUGGAUGAUAAAUUAUUAUUAUUAUUAUUAUUAUUAUUAUCGUAAGAAAACGUAUAUUAUUUACUUAUAUGGUUA